AGUAUCGCCGAUAGACGGCGUGCGGCGGAGCAGUUCAUUUCUGUAAUGGCCGCUGUCUGGCGUUGUCGGUGAAUCGGUCUCUUUUGCAAUCUCGCGAAGAAAAAAUUGCACAGCGUUAUCGUUUACGAAAAUUUAGUGCGCGGCAUUCCAUGUGACGAGAGGUGUGGUGUUGGCUCGUGCAUGGUGUGUAUGGUGGUGCAUAGUUGUGACUGCAAGACGGACGGUCUGUCGAGAAAAUUCAAAUCGGAUGUGCGCUGGUGUCCCACUGUUUACUCGACCCACCGACCAUUCAGAGUGGUAGAUUAAAAAAAUCGUGCUAGUAACAGGAAGGAUCACUGAUCGCGAUCGCACGAUAUGCGAUCGAAUAUCGUCGAUCAACGUCGCGUCGUGUCGGAGUCGCACGGUUUCGUCGAGCGAAGGUUCGUCCUCGAACAGUAAACAAAAGUGACAGCGUGUGGAUGCCGUUCGGUCAUGCCUCCUGUCUCGUCCGUGUUUGUCGACAGUAUUUGACGUCUUGUUCUUCGCGAGCCCGAAUUCCCUCACGUGGUUCAAGGUCUUCUAAAAUCAACCUAACGCUACGCUGCCAACAGGCCCAGUGAGAUUCACGCCACUUUCGCGAUCGAAUGUAUCUCGAGUGUGUUGUCACUGACAGCAACGCGGAGCGCGCUUUUCCCGGUUAUCGCUUGCGUUCUCGUAUCUUCUUCAAGGACUCGUCCCAGAAUUUCUGACACGAAGGGCAUAAUAUCUUCGCGAAGCAUAAAACAAGGAAAACAGCGGGCACGUCGUUUCCAUUUGCGCAGAUUUCUUGCAGGAAAGUCAAAGUCUCCUGCCGUGUUUCGAGGGCGCUCGAAGAGGAGAGAGAUGUGCCAAGUUUCGCCUUUGCGGAUGUUCCAUGUGCUUCACGAGUUGCUCGACGUUGACCGCUUGCCGCACUGCGUCCCCUGCUAGGACCAUGUCCUAGCCAGCCGUGAUUCCGCGGAACGCGUGAUCCCACUGCCAAUCGAACGAGCGUAAGACACCUCCUGAUUCCGAAGUAAACGCGAUCCUGAGAUGCCGGGCUACCGCCUCAAGGACGUAGCUCGUCGCCUCGAGAGUCUUCCCGAUCGAGCAUCGACGACCUCGUUCGUUUGAACGGCGAACGAGAGACGCCGUCACGUCCAGCGACAAGACUGAUAAUCCGUGUAAUGCAGCGCGCAGAGGCGACGACCUCCCGUCCCGAUUCAAGCUGCUCAAUCUUCUCACAAUAACGGGGAAAAUGUUCGGCAAGGUGCCACCGUCGAACACACCAGGACCACCAGCGAGCGAUGGGUCGUCCGCCAAGUCCUGCGUCAGGCCGGCAGGGACCGCCUGUUUGCCGUGUUUCUCGGUCGACGAGACGCCAGCCAUCCUCACCGAGGAUAAGUCCAAGCCAUGGAGGCCCAAGGACAACUGCGCGCCCGUGGUCUCCGAAGCACCCUCUACGGGUAUAGAGGACAAGCAGAAGCUUUGGAGAUCGAAGGAGAACUGUAACUCUUCCGUCAUCUUCGAGCCACCUUGUAGCACCGAGGACAAGUGCAAGCCGAAGAGAGCGAAGGAUGGAUCGUGUCCUCUGAACGAGUACUCCAUCAUCACGGAGGAGAAGAGCAAGUCGUGGAGGUUGAAGGAGAAUUGCCACGUGUGCGUAGCCCCCGAGGUAGCUUGCCUCGUCGAUGACAAAUCGAAGGUGAGAAGAAGCAAGGAAACCUGCGCAUCCUGCGAGUGUGUCGUGACAGAGGACAAAAAGCCUCGGAGGUCUACGAAGGACUGCACCAGUUCGCUGGUUCCGGAAGCAACUUCCGUGGACGAGAACAAGAAUCGGAGAGCCUGUAAAGAUUCGAACAUCGUGGUAAGCGUGGACCUGUACGGUGGUUCGCAAGCGUCUAGUUCCUCGCCUAACUUUUCCCAAGCGUCCAUCGCGUUCGUCGAGGUGAAUAGACCUAGCAGGACCGAGUCGACCGGCUGCUCGGUCGCAAAGAACUGCUGCUCCAAAUACUCGGCCAAGGAGUCGUCUAGCCACGGAAGAAAUCACACGGGUCUGCUGGCCAAGACGACCAGCGUCGCGUCCAGCCUGCCCGCUCACAAGUGCGCGUCGAACUCUAAUUCCGCGAGCUUCGCGAAGUCUUCUAGUUGCGCGACAGCCAGUGCCACGAAAUCGCAAAGGGUACUUUGUUCCACUAGUCUGAGCAGUUUGAACGCCGACUCUGGCCCGAGGGAGUCGAUCAAGCUCGCGAAAAAGCACGUCGGCCUGAAUCACGAGUAUCUCGCAGGUAAAGAGCAGCAACAACAUUUACCCGGAGGAAAGUCUGUUUGCAGAGAGACGCAGAGGAACGUCGCGCAGGCUGGACCAUUCGCGGCGAGCAAAUCUUCCACGAGGUCUUCCGAUGCGGGACAUUCGGCGUCCAAGAGUCGACCCUUGUCGGAGUUCAGCGACGAUCUAGUCGACUCGUCGAUGGAUUAUACCACGAUUUCCGUGAUUCAGCCGACCGAUGAAUCCUGUCAGAAGUCGUCAACCAAGUACGCCGUCGACAGCGACGUCGUGGACAUGGUCGUUUCGGCAACUUCGUCGUCCAGUAGCUGCGAACAACGAAACUGCAGAGGCGACUUCGCCACGUCCACGCCGUCCAAAGACUGGAUGAAAUCCACCGGCGACGCGUUGCAGCAGAGUUGCAUUUCCUGUUUGCCGCAAGAUCUUCCAACGGAGCUGCAGUUGUCUUCGCCCCGGAGUUACAGGGAGCGAGAAAAGUGCCGUGAUCCAUGGCGACCCACCGAAAUGGAAAGCAAUAUCUGCAACCUGAAUGUGUGUCCUGGUGAUACGUAUCAGGAUACCGGCACGAAAAGGAGGACAGGAGCUUCCUGCCAGGCGUUGAGGCAUGCGGUUGCCUCGUUGAACCGAUUGGAUGACUUUUACAUGGAGAAGAUCGGCGCGGGAUUCUUUUCGGAAGUCUUCAAGGUUACUCACAAAGUGACGAGUCAGGUGAUGGUCCUGAAGAUGAACCAGCUGCCCGCGAAUAGGCCAAACAUGCUGAAGGAGGUUCAGCUGAUGAACAAGCUCAGCCAUCCGAACAUACUCAGGUUCAUGGGAGUCUGUGUACACGAGGGUCAGCUGCACGCUUUGACAGAGUACAUAAACGGCGGCAGUCUGGAGCAGCUGAUCAUGUCGAGGCACACGCCUCUUCCGCAUCUGAUCCGGAUGAACCUGGCGAGGGACGUGGCGCGUGGCAUGACCUACCUUCACAGCCGUGGACUCUUUCAUCGGGAUCUCACGUCGAAGAACGUACUGAUCAAGAAGGACGAGAACACGUCGGAAAUGACAGCGGUGGUGGGCGACUUUGGGCUGGCCGCGAAGAUCCCUGACCCCAGUUCAGGCUACAGGCUGAGCACGGUGGGCAGCCCCUAUUGGAUGUCGCCCGAAUGUCUCAAGGGUCAGUGGUACGAUCACAGAUCGGACGUUUUCUCGUUCGGCAUCGUGGUCUGCGAGCUGAUCGGCCGCGUGCCGGCCGAUCCGGACGUUCUACCACGGUCAGAUAACUUUGGCCUCGAUUACCUGGCCGUGGCAGAGAUCUGCGCGGCAGCUGAUCCGCCGCCAGCCUUCCUGCAGCUCGCCUUCAAUUGUUGCACUUACGAGCCAAAAUCGAGACCGACCUUCCCGGAGAUUACCUCGAGCCUGGACACGAUGAUAAGCAACUACGAGGAGGUAUCGAAGAACAACAUCGGGAAGCGUCAAUCCGUGGACCCCGCUCUGAUGUCCAGCAUGGACGAGAUCACGCGAGAGGGACGGCCUAUGAAGCGUAAGACUGCUCGUCUGAGGAGUCAAUCGGCGGAUGCGAGAGGCUGCGACAACGCGACGCCGUCCGACAAAGCGAGAUGCCAUUCGGCGAGAAGGGUGGCAGAGCUGGCAAGCAGAAGAGACCCGCAUUACAGACCCAUGACGGCUAAUCCGUUCCACGCGUUGGGUGGCGUGAAGAAAAUUCUCGGCGACCUGUUCUCCAGCUGCCUGGAGCUUCCGUCACUGGAGGACGUGAGGCCGAGCGUCACCGAUGCUAUCGCCAAGUUCAAGCCCGCGCAGAACGACAGUAUCGCGAAGAUCUUGAACAGGAAGAAGCCGAACUCGGAGCCGAGCAGUCCGACCGCGAGGAAGAAAUGGGAGAGAAAGGUGGCUACAAAGGUGGGCGCUGCCAGCUUGUUCACCCACCCACUUUUCCGGGACGGUUGGGAGCCGAGAAGGCGCGGCAGCUGCGAGUCGGGCUUUUGGAGCUGCGUCGGCGAAGAUCUCAGCCCGGAGCCGCCUAAUCGCCGACACACUUCCACUUUGAGCAGCUCCGCGGCGAGCAGUCUGUUUUUGUUGGACGAUCAUCGAACCAGCUCUAUCUACACCGACUCGUCGGAAGACAUAGCGAGCUUAGGCGGCGGCGACUCCUGCUGGGAGGAUAGAUUCGGUUCUUCCAGUAAAACCAUUUCCAAAAUCGUCGAGUACUUCGAGAGGAAGCAAGCGGGUAGCCUGCGACUCGCGGAUCACGAUUCUAGUAGGUUAACGUUGUUGAAGGCGAGCUUAGAGGGUCCUCUUCCACUGUGCAGCAUCUCGGCCGCGCAGAGGUUAGUCGUUUGCGAGGGUGCGGUGCGCAGCAAAUUACCCUUGUUUGACAAAAAGUGAUACGCGUCACUUGCGCGUCGUAGAGUUCGUUCCUUAGGGUUUCUUGGUUUUCUGCCGAUAUUUCUGCACCGCGCGAGACGCACGAGCGCGGAGGCGCCUACACGAAGAAACGCUUCGACAUGAGUUGUUCCACGGAAGAGUGACGGCAAUAUCGACGCGACGAAAUCUUGGGAAAGGGUUGCGAUCGAUGGAAAGUAGGAUCGAACGAUCUGGUCGCGCGCGAAAGAACAGCCGGUAGGAUCGAAGAACGAUUAUAUUUUUAUUCGACUCGGUGAUCGAAGCGGUUGAAGAAGGAACAGGGUCAGUAUUAACUAGUUUCGAGUAUCUGGUUGAAGUUCGAUGGAAAUAUAGUCAACUACGAGUUCAGCUGGACGCUUCUCUAAAAUCUAGUAACCCGACUGUGAUGUUUUUUGAUAAUCUACAUACAAUUAUUGACCCAUACGACUAUGUUUGAAGUUAUCGGCGCGAGUUCCUCUUCCGCGCGAGACGAUCGUUCGACAUUUCUCACCGCGUCCACGCAGUUUUAAAAACUUUUUACUCGAUGCAAUAGCCGAGAAAUUUAACGAACGAAAACGGUUCUUUCACGUUAGACACGCCGGAGAAUAUGUCAAUAGUGUUUUGCACGAAAAUGGAACGUUUCUUGCGUUGUAUAGAUCGGAAUACCUCGAAAUUUUCAAACGGCAACGUAUUUCCCUGAAAUAUACAACUUAGAGAGAAAAAGAUACGAACGAAAGAGCAAGGUAAAAGAAAUUAAACGUUUAAAGGGAUCGAGAGAAGCAAUACACGUUUCAUUUUGAGACUGCGGCAGCCGAAUGCCAGUAGAAACGCUGCUCAUGUUCUUACCUUUUGCAGUGCCUCGCAGUUCCUAGUUAGCCACCUCCGUCCUUACCCACGUCAGCCGACUUUUUACCAAUUACUAACGACGAUCAUGCAAAAUCGAAAUGUGAAUUUACCGGUUGUAUUCGUUAAAAACAGUUUUUAAUGCAUUACAAGUCCCAACAAUUGUCUCCUCUUACUUGGUUCGUCUUUCUACGCGUUACUUUCGGCGCCGAUAUCGGAGUUGACAUUGUUUAGCCGCGUUACUCUUGCAUUAAAAACGAGGAUGUCGAGGUAAACACCGCAAAUUACGACAAUGUACGAUAAAAGGCGGCACGCGUUGCCUCACGCGCAAUCAGAAUAUUUCAAAAGAUAACAAAAUUAUUUUAAUUUCCGUGUAUUUUUAAGACGCGCUUCGUACACGAAGCCUAGACAGAGGUGUCGUCGAGUCGUUGCCACGAUCUGUGUACGUCUUUUCCGUUCUUUUUAUCGAUUACUCGUCGUAUCGGUAUCGUCUCGCAGUGCCGUCUUUUGCGUGUACAGUAUCGUGUAAAUUGGCGAGAUAGAAGAAUUCGUCAAGGCCUAUGCUUAUACGAGUUUUUAAUUACAGUUUUGAUCGAGCGAUGGAUACUUCCCCAACGCGCGGCGUCCCGACGCCGCGAUCGGUCGUCGCGCGUCGUAGAUUAAUACUCAGGAUGCGAAACGAGACACAUAGUAUAUUUUGUUGACAGAGAUACCGUGUCCUGAAUAUUUUUGUUGAUAUAAACGAGUUGGGACGAUGGUCCACACACCGUGAAAAAGAGAGAGAGAAAGAGAGAGAGAGAGAGAGAGAGAGAAAGCGAGCGCGAAAGAGUGGGAGAGAAAGAGAGCAAAUGAAACUGAUCUAGUCAGUGUAUUAUCGUGGCGGCCUUAUCUUUUGUAUGUCGUAGCGCUAAUAACUUAAGUGUUCGAAAGAAAAUGAACAAAGCGUUAGAGAGGAUAAAGGUGAAUACAACCGUAGCCUGUACGAAAUCACGAUGUAUCGAGGCGGUUGAUAAAACGCGAAACGAACGAACGAACCAUUGGAAAUAACGUUUCAUUGAAUGUGUGCCGGAGAAGAUAAAUGGAAUUCGGAUUGUAAAUGACGAUUUAUCGAAUGCGUGAAUGCGUGUGCGUGAGUACCUAGAAGCGUAAGAAGUCGUGCGUGCUCGUCCACUGCCCUCUCGAAUUCGUGAUUCUGUCGCGUGAUGAAAUUACCUAGUUGUGCGAUUGGAAUUCGUUGACUCAGAGCUUAGUGGGCAGAGAAACGAACUCGAAAGGGCACGCGGGGCACGUUAGUUUUUAGUUGUGCUCUUCUACGCAGAUGCAGUAUCCUUGUAAGGCUCUUGAUAAUCAUCGAAUCGUUUUCGUAACCUUGGAUUUCCUUCGAUUUUCGUUGGUAUACGAGAUAAUCAGUCUUAGUCAUCGUAAAUUAUAACUGAGGGUACCCAAUGUCGAUUAAAAGUACGGUUUAUCUUCUAUCUUGUUAUUAUUCUCUUAUAUAUAUAUACAUUCUUGAAAGGAUACCGUAUAUGAGUGGCAGAGGACGUCGAAUAUAAUUUGGGUAGUUACUAUAUCGCGCAUCAGCGUAAAUCGUUUCGUCGCCCUGGUUGCGGGACGAGUCGAACCAAAUUUCUACUAGGCUAAUAGGCAACUAUACCUUUUUACUUGUCAGAGUUCGUUCACGGGUUCUACUUGAUAAGACUGCGUGUUUGUUAAAUAUGUAUGUAAGUAGUAAGUUCUCGAUAAUUCGCAGUCCCUUCUUCCUUGCCUAACGGAAUGCAACGUCGACCAGAAGUCAAGAAUUUUUGUUUCGCCCCGUCGAGCCGAUACGAAAAUAACCGAAACCUUACGUUGAACCCUUUGACGAAGCUUUUAUUUUCGAGUGUAUCGAUCGACGAAUAAGUCCCUUUAACUUUAGUCUUCCCAGUUAUCGAAACAAAUAUGUUAUGUACCUGUUAUUUUUGUAUCGAGUCGAUUAUUAUAGAGUGAUGCGUUCUGUUUCGACGCGUCAAUCGGUACCUGAAGAAACGUUGAAGCAAGGACUGCGAAUGGGUUAUUUUUAAUAGUCGCGAACAUAUCAGGAGUGGGCAUAUCCUGAAAACUUGGUUGCUCGUGAAAGGUGAUUGUCGAGGGAUUAGAGAGAGGGAGAGAGAGAAACGAGAGGUAGAAAUUCUGUCUGCAAAUGUAUAUGUGCGCGCGUGCGUGUGUGCGUGAAAGAGAGAAAGAGAUCUAUGGCGUGAGAGUGUUGUACCAGAGUACACGAGUAAAAGUACAUCGGACUUGUAAGACCGAGAGGCGCAUUUUUCUUCUUAAAGAGGGUUAUUUAUUUUAAGUAAAAACAAGUAUAUUAUAGAUACACAUAGAAGUCCACUUAAAUCAUCUCUUCCAUACUUUUGACUAUCGUCCACGUGAACCACCAUGAGCGUGGCUCGUGUAGGCACUAGCUGUACAUAUUAUUACGAGGAAAAAGAAAUAUAAUACUAUUUCAGCGAGUCGUUUCGCGAUUUCCAAGAUUGGGUCAUUAUAUACAAAGUGGGAUUUUUCGCUCUUAUGAUCGUCCGUUCGACAUAAAUAAUAAAACAGAUGGGGGAAACACAGAUGACGAUGAUAAUAACAAUUCUAAUAACUAAGAAUUAAUAACGGUAACGAAUGUGAGAAAAAAAAAACAGAUUUCA